GGAUGUUCAGCUCACAUAUUAGAAAUGAAUGAAGCUUUAGUUCUUGUUUUCUUGUUGUGCGGUUGGUUGACACCAGCUUGUGCAAACGAUCAAGUCUUCAGCAAUGAUACUGAAGUGGAUUUUCAGAAACAAAUGACUAAAUCAGUUUGUCCACUAGACCUGUGCGCUUCACUGCUGAGAAAAGAAGGAGCGAUGAGAGAGAAACUGGAGACGAUGGAAACGCAGCUUCGUCUGAUUAUGUCUAGACUGAAGGCCAGUGAGGAUGAGAUAGAAGUUCUGAAAAGGGAAGAAAAAGGUGUUCCAAAGGUGGCAUUCUCAGCCGCGGUGGGAGGCAAUGCGAACAUUGGACCUUUUAACACAGAUACGAUCCUAGUUUACAGGAAGGUCUUCACAAAUCUGGGCAAUGCCUACAAUCCAUCUACAGGAAUAUUUACAGCACCGGUGCGAGGAGUGUACUAUUUCAGCUUUUUCUACCAUGGUGGAACUGAUCACCGCACAGCAUUAUCCAUGUUCAUGAAUGGACAACGACUAGCAACAGCAUCUCAUCGACAACCUGCUGGUUAUGCAGCAAACGGCUCAAACGGGGUCAUCACAGUAGUAGAGAGAGGAGCUCAGAUUUAUGUAACUCUAUUAGGUGGCACAUGGGUAUGGGAUGGAGAUAACAUUGACACCACAUUUAAUGGUUUUCUGCUCAAUACACUAUGAGUGGCAUAAUCAUGCAUGGAUUACAAUUUAUUUUUCUCAGCAAAGACAUAAAAUUUACAGAUAUAACAUUA